UAUUGGACAGUGAAAAAUUUACAAGAAAAAUCCCGUCUUUUAUGGAUAAACAAAAAUAAUUCAUAAAAAUUAGGAUCUUGAUUAAAAUUAGAAUUAACAAUGGUUGAUAAGGAUAUAUUAUCAAAAGUCGCAGAUAUACCCCUGCAGCGGCCUGGUUUUGAUGCCUUAGAGGUAUCAGCACCUAUCCUUGUACAAAUGAAUCCAAAUGGUAAAUGGGAAAACACAAAGCCUGGAAAUUUGGAUGAAGAGCGAUUGAAAGCUAUUGUUCAGCAUUUAGUUAAGUCGAAAGCUUUAUCGGCUGCUCAAAGUUACUGCUGCCAAUGUGCUUCCGAGGGAGUGAAAGGCAACGAAAACUCUAAUUAUAUUCCAGUAAUUAUGAUGCCUAUAUAUUCGGCAGAUGACUGCCCUUUCGAUUUAGAUUGUGAGGCAAAAAAAAUUAAAGAAGCGGAAACGAAACCAACAAAAAAAGAAAAAGUACAAAGCUUGGAAAAAGACUCAGACAAGGAUAAGGAUAAGAAAAAAAGCAAGAAACGCGGCUUUGUCCUACAAAGGCUAACCGAUUUUGAUUUACUUUCCCAAUGGUGAUUAAAAGUACUAUUGUAACGUUAUGAAAUGUGGUGGUUUGUGAAGCAAAUAAAAUGUUGAGAAUUGGGAUAUUAUUUUAGAACAUCGUGUUAUAUCUAGAUAAUCGAAAGUGGAUCGAAUUUUAUUGCGCCAUUACUUUGG